UGGAUGAGUGUAAACAAGAGGCAAACUAUUAUGUAUAAGAGGUCAAAACCGAUCAUUCUGCCUUCAUGUAGCUGUCGUGGGGUAUGCCAAGAUUGACCCGUUCACGAGCUUGAAUAUUGAUAUCAAAAUAUAAGAGACAUGGCAGCAACCCUAGCUCAAGCCGUCCAAUCGGCAGCCAAACCGCUACCAGAAAUUACUGAUCCUUUAUUUGGUCAAAUGUUCGACACUUUCCGCAACUACAAGGUAGUUCUUCUCGGUGAUGGCAGUCAUGGAACCUCGGAGUUCUAUAAAGCAAGAGCAGAGAUCACCAAGCAUUUGAUUGAAUAUCAUGGCUUCAACAUGGUCACUCUGGAGGCAGACUGGCCUGACACUGAGGCCAUCGACCGCUACGUGCGACUGCGUCCCGGAUCAAAAGGACGAAUAGGUGGGAAGCUUCUAAGCAAGAAGCAAGAAGAACCAUUCAAACGGUUUCCAACCUGGAUGUGGCGAAAUCGCGAGAUGCAGGAUCUAGUAGAAUGGAUGAGAGACCGAAACGCCAAAAAGGCACCCGAAGAUAGAGUAGGCUUUUAUGGCCUUGAUCUCUACAGUAUGGGGAGUUCAAUCCAGUCCAUUAUCACUUACCUCGAUCGUGUUGAUCCGCAGGCAGGGAAGGAAGCUCGUAAACGAUACGGCUGUCUUCAGCCGUGGGUCGAUGACCCAGCAUCGUACGGGCUUGCAUCUCUGCGAGGAUUGGCGAAUUGCGAGAGCAAGGUUGUCCAGAUGCUCAAGGAUAUUCUUCAGCGCCGUCUGGACUAUGCUGCAUCCGAGCAUGAUGGAGAAGAGUUCCACAGCACGGAACAGAACGCCCAUGUGGUUCGCGAUGCAGAAAGGUACUACAAAUCAAUGUACUACAGCUCAACAAGCUCCUGGACGUUGCGGGACACGCAUAUGUUUGACACGCUAAACCGGCUUUUCAACUACAAGCCCGCCAAUAGUAAGGCAAUAGUCUGGGCGCACAAUUCCCAUGUUGGAGAUGCCCGAUACACGAGCAUGGGCGAGCGGCGCAAGGAAACCAACAUCGGCCAACUCUGCCGCGAGAAUUACGGCCGUGACAAUGUCGCUAUCAUCGGAUGUGGCACACAUACGGGCACUGUGGCAGCCGCACACGAGUGGGAUGAGGAUAUGGAGGUGAUGGAUGUAAACCCAUCGCGAGUGGACAGUUGGGAAUACGUUGCACACAGCACCGGAAUACCUAGCUUUGUGCUCGAUCUGCGUCCUGGGUAUGCCAGUCCAGAUCUUCGAAAGGCAUUCGACUUAGAGCAGCCGAGAUUAGAGCGCUUCAUCGGGGUUAUUUAUCGGCCGGAUACCGAGCGCAUCUCACACUAUUCCCAAGCUUAUCUGCAUGACCAGUUGGAUGCAUACGUUUGGUUCGACAGAAGCUCGGCAGUGAAUCCGCUCGAAAAGGUCCAGCCCUUCACGCCUGUCGGCAGAGAGGAGACUUAUCCAUUCGGAUUGUAGCCGAAUCCAUCUGGAGGCUGUGGUCUUCAAGGUGUGUAAGUUUGUAUGUGGUUGAAAAUUGAUGUAUAGAUAACAUAAUUGAAUGGAGAUAUUUCAGGCUGGAGGAGCAUGCCACGUGUGCGUCCCCAAAAAUGUAGUUAUCGCUUCUAUCGAUAUGAUCAUACGAUAUGCUCUGCACCUCGGCAUGGAAUGACGCACCACUCG